UUGUUCUGUGGUUUCUUAUACAGUCCUGAUUAAUUCAUUGCUCCAUGCCCACCAAAGUAACACUCAAAAACAAGAAUACAUGGAGUUUCUUCUUUCACUCACAACAACUACAAUUGUUAGCCUCUUUGUUGUUGUACUCUUUAUCUAUUUGUUUUCCAUAUCAAAAAAGAUUAGUAAGAGAAACAUUACACAGAACAGAGAUGCACCGGGAGCUGCCGGUGCAUGGCCUCUGAUGGGUCACCUCCAUCUCUUAGGAGGCUCUCAAUUGCCACACAGAACCCUAGGUUCAAUGGCUGACAAGUACGGGCCAAUCUUCACCAUAAAGCUCGGGGUAAACCGAGCAUUAGUAGUCAGUGAUUGGGAGAUAGCUAAAGAAUGUUUCACCACGAACGACAGGGUCUUCGCCAACCGUCCAAGGUCUCUAGCAGUGGAGCUCUUGGGGUACAACUAUGCCAUGUUUGGUUUGAGUCCUUACUGCCAUUACUGGCGCCAAAUCCGGAAGAUUGUCAUGCUCGAGCUUCUAUCCAACCGCCUGCUUGACAUGCUACGACAUGUCAGAGUGUCAGAGUUAAGAACAGCCAUAAGAGAGGUGUAUGAGUUAUGGGUUCAGAAAAGAAGUGUUACUAAUGUGGUGAAAUUGGAUAUGAAGCGAUGGUUCGGGAAUUUAACCCUAAAUAUGAUGGUUAGGAUUCUUGUAGGGAAGCGAUAUUCGGGUGAUGAGGAACGAUUUGGAAAGGCCAUCAUAGAGUUCUUUGAAUUGCUGGGGGCGUUUGUGGUGUCUGAUUCGAUGCCUUUUCUGAGGUGUUUGGAUUUGGGAGUGUACGAGAAGGCCAUGAAGAAGACAGCAAAAGAAAUGGACCAUAUAGCUGAAGGUUGGUUACAGGAGCAUAAAAGAAAGAGAGAUUUUGGGAUGGUGAAGAGUAAUCAACAAGACUUCAUGGAUGUGAUGCUGUCCAUUCUUGAAUAUAGCGGACCUGAAGAACUUCCCGGUUAUGAUGCUGAUACAGUCAUUAAAGCUACAUGCCUGGCAAUUCUAACAGGGGGCACUGACACUACAACUGUCACUCUAACAUGGGCUCUCUCAUUGCUUCUAAACAAUCGACAUGUUCUUAAAAAGGUUCAAGAUGAGCUCCAUGUUCACAUUGGAAGAGAACGGCUAGUGGACGAGACGGAUGUCAAGAACUUAGUCUAUCUCCAAGCGGUCCUCAAAGAAACGUUGCGUUUGUACCCAGCCGGACCACUCUCCAUACCACACGAGUCCAUAGAGGACUGCAUUCUGGGUGGCUACAACAUUCCGAAGGGCACACGACUAUUAGUAAACCUAUGGAAAAUACACCGCGAUCCUCGUGUAUGGUCCGAUCCAAACGAGUUUCGACCUGAGAGAUUCUUAACCAGCCACAAGGAUGUCGAUGUUAGAGGGCAGCAUUUCGAGUUGAUACCAUUUGGGAGUGGAAGAAGAAUGUGUCCGGGAAUAUCUUUGGGCCUCCAAGUCAUGCAACUCACCCUGGCUAGUUUGGUUCAUGGGUUUGAAUUUGGGACUCCUUUCGAUGAACCAGUAGAUAUGACUGAGAGCUUUGGGCUAACCAACCUCAAAGCCACCCCAUCGGAGGUCAUUCUCAUCCCUCGUUUGCCUGCUAACCUAUAUAUAUAUAAUAGCUAGGUACACAAGGUGAGAUGUUAGGAAAUGAUUAAUUACUUGCGAACAUUGUCUGCAUGUGUGCAAGUGGUUCAUGGUUGGUUGAAUAUGGACCAGUGAGCAUGUGUGCAAGUGGCUCCUGGGUGGUUUGAAUAUGGACCAGUGAGCAUGUGUGCAAGUGGCUCCUGGGUGGUUUGAAUAUGGACCAGUGACAAUAAAUAUGGGUCUCUAUCUUAGAGAUGCAUAUAACAUUCUUGGAUGAUCUCUAUCUUAGAUGCAUAUUUUUUUUUUAAGAAAUUUUUUGUUUUUUUAUUCUAUAAAUCAAUGGAAUAUAUAUAUAUAUAUACACACAAAGGUGCAGAGCACCAAACCACAAUAAAGAGACAGAACACAUGAACCGGGGCAUCAACCAGAUUAUGUUAUAAAUUAAA